UCAGCCACUCCCUGUGAGCUGCAUAAAAACGGAGAAGAGACGAACCUGAUCUCCAUCCUGCAUCAAACUCCUGCAGCAUCUGGAAGGUCACCUUCAUCAUGAUUCCAGCCGUCCUCUUCCUCCUCUUGUUCUCAGUGACAAAUGUCCUGCUGAGCACACCACUUGAUGAUGACAAUGAAUCUGUGGAAACCCCCGAGCUGCUUGAUGACAUCGCCAUCCCCGACACUCGGAACAGGAAUGCGGACCCAUGCACUGCCAGAGGCUGCAAGUGGCCCAAAUCUGGACGCUUCGUUAACGUGCCCUACGAGAUCUCCUCUUUCUUCUCUCAGAAAGACCGCAAGUUCAUCAUGGAUGCCCUAAGGAGCUUCCAUAGGCGCACCUGCAUUCGUUUUGUCCCAAAGAGACCACGUCAUCUCGAUUACAUCCGUUUCAUUUCAGGCGACGGGUGUUGGUCCUUUCUUGGUCGUCAGAACGGAGGACAGAAACUCUCUCUGCAGAAAGACGGGUGUUUGUACGACGCCACUGUGGAACACGAGGUUCUUCACGCUCUGGGCUUCGACCAUGAACAUGUCCGCUCCGACAGAGACAAAUACAUUUGGAUUCGCUACCAGAACAUCAAGAAAGGAGAGAAGAGCAACUUUGACAAAAAGAAAACUAACAACCUGGGGACUCCAUAUGACUUCAAAUCUGUCAUGCAAUACUCCAACGAUGCCUUCUCCAAAAAUGGGAAACCAACCAUCGUUGCCAAACGCGACCCCAAGAUGAAGUUUGGAGACGCCAAAAAAUUGAGCGUCAAUGACAUCGCCCGUGUCAACCGGCUUUAUAAGUGCUCCUGAACUGCACAGACUGAAGAGGUCGGCCUCCUGCUGCUGAUCUGAGGCCUCACACCAAAAAGCUGAGCUAGCAUAAAUAUAUAAUAUUCUUCUCUCCUUUUCUUUAAAUGAACAAGUGGAAAUCAUUGUCCUGUCUGGUUCUGGAAGAAGUUUUUGUCACCAGGUGGAUCAGAAUUUUAAUGCAUGUCAGCCUUUGUACUGAUAUCCACUGAGAAAUAAACAGCAAGCAUAUAUACUAUCUAUAAUCGCCACAUUUAUUUCCCUGCUUUUAUGUUUAUGCUUUGAUCAUCAAAGGAUAUAAUUAAUUUGCAUAAUAAAGAAGCAUAUUUCAAAGAAAA